AUGGAGGGAUCAGCAGCACACGGAGGAGUGCGAAUGGAGGGAGACGAGAACAUCCACGACGUCCUGCAGCUGCUGGUGGCGCUGAUGUCCGAACACCCGGCUUCCAUGAUCCCUGCUUUUGACCAGAGGAACGGAAUCAGGGUGAUCUGCAAACUGCUGGCUUCGAAGAGCGAGAGUAUCCGAGUACAAGCCCUGAAGGUCCUGGGAUACUUCCUCAAGCAUCUGGGACACAAGAGGAAGGUGGAGAUCAUGCACACCCACAGCCUCUUCACUCUGCUGGGGGAGCGCCUCAUGAUGCACACCAACACCGUGUCCAUCACCACCUACAACACGCUAUACGAGAUUCUCACGGAGCAGGUUUGCACGCAGGUGGUCCACAAACCGCACCCUGAGCCCGACUCCACGGUCAAGAUCCAAAACCCCAUGAUCCUGAAGGUCGUGGCCACUCUGCUGAAGAACUCCAGUCCAAGUGCGGAGCUGAUGGAAGUGCGGCGACUGUUUCUGUCUGAUAUGAUCAAACUGUUCAGUAACAGCCGCGAAAACAGACGAUGCCUGCUGCAGUGCUCCGUGUGGCAGGACUGGAUGUUCUCUCUGGGAUACAUCAACCCCAAAAACCCAGAGGAGCAGAAGAUCACAGAGAUGGUCUACAACAUCUUCCGGAUCCUUCUCUACCACGCCAUCAAGUACGAGUGGGGCGGCUGGCGGGUGUGGGUGGAUACGCUGUCCAUCGCCCACUCCAAGGUGACGUACGAGGCCCACAAAGAAUACCUGGCCAAGAUGUACGAGGAGUACCAGCGUCAGGAGGAGGAGAACAUGAAGAAGGGGAAAAAGGGCUCCGUCUCCACCAUCUCCGGGCUCUCGGCUGCACCUGCUCCCGUCGUCAACGGCAACCUGGAGAUAGAUGACAACUCCCAGACCCAGACCCCGGAGAGCGAGGCGGAGUACAGCGAGGCCACAGGGGCGGACUCACGGAACCUGCUGGCGGACGGGGCUGUGAAGAGACCUAACGGGGAGGUCCUGUCGCCCGUGGAGCCGGGGGCGGGGGCCGGGGUGAGGGUGGAGGUGCACGAUCUGCUGGUGGACAUCAAGGCGGAGAAGGUGGAGGCGACGGAGGUGAAGCUGGACGAUUUGGAUCUGUCUCCUGAGGCUCUGGGCGGGACGGCGGGGAACGGGACCGGCCUGGAGAACGGACCCCUGGUGGAGGUGGACUCGCUCCUGGACAGCGCGUACUGUGCGGUGGUGCAGAACCUCAACGGGAACCUGGCGCCCACAGACGACACGGCGAUGGGGAUUGGGACUGGCCUGGGUCUCUCCGGAGUCUCUCUGGAGGACCAUGGGAACAUGGGACCUCUGAUCACUCUGGCCGACGAGAAGGACAGCGUACCCAGUAACAACGGCUUCUUAUUCAGCAAGGUGGAUGAGAAGCUGCUCCCGGCUCUGGCCUCCACAGACCCCCUGGUUCUCCCCGGUUCAGACCCUCCGGCCCCCGUGGCGUCCCACACGUCCAGCGCCAGUGACGACCUCAGCCUCCUGGCCCACAUGACCAGCUGUGGCUCCAACCUGACCCCCGCAGACCUGCCGGAGGACGGGCCCUUUAAGAUCCAGAGCCCCCUGGCAGACAUCAGCUCCAUCGCCGAGGCCGAGGCCCACGCACACGGGGCGAGACCGGAUUUUCCCGAGGGAGAGGUGGCGCCCGCGGCUGAGGGAGACUCGGGCCUCAAGAUGGGAGGAGACUCGGCCAGCACCACGUCCGACACGGAGAGGUCAGACGACGGCAAAGAGAAGGACGCCAAGAAGAUUCAGACCACGGCCACGACUCAGGCCCUCCACGGUCGCACCGCUGCUCAGCUGGAGAGAGACCUUCGUGUGGACCUGGGUUUCCGGGGGAUGCCCAUGACGGAGGAGCAGCGGCGGCAGUUCAGCCCUGGGCCCCGCACCACCAUGUUCCGCAUCCCAGAGUUCAAGUGGUCGCCCAUGCACCAGCGGCUGCUCACUGACCUGCUGUUCGCCCUGGAGACUGACGUGCACGUGUGGAGGAGCCACUCGACUAAGUCUGUGAUGGAUUUUGUGAACAGUAACGAGAACAUCAUCUUUGUCCACAACACCAUCCACCUGAUCUCUCAGAUGGUGGACAACAUCAUCAUCGCCUGCGGAGGAAUCCUGCCCCUGCUCUCCGCCGCUACCUCCCCCUCUGUGAGUGACUCCCCCUCUACCUCCCCCUCUGUGAGUGACUCCCCCUCUACCUCCCCCUCUGUGAGUGACUCCCCCUCUACCUCCCCCUCUGUGAGUGACUCCCCCUCAACCUCCCCCUCUGUGAGUGACUCCCCCUCUGCCUCCUCCUCUGUGAGUGACUCCCCCUCUACCUCCCCCUCUGUGAGUGACUCCCCCUCAACCUCCCCCUCUGUGAGUGACUCCCCCUCUGCCUCCUCCUCUGUGAGUGACUCCCCCUCUACCUCCCCCUCCGUGAGUGACUCCCCCUCAACCUCCCCCUCUGUGAGUGACUCCCCCUCUGCUUCCUCCUCUGUGAGUGACUUUAUGCGUGACUCCCCCUCUGCCUCCCCCUCUAUGAGUGACUCUGCCUUGCCCUCGUGUGGCAGGACGAGUUCUAAGAGUAGUGCCAACACUACGGAGCUGGAGAACAUCGAGGCCACUCAGGGCAUGUCCUCGGAGACGGCGGUGACCUUCCUGUCUCGCCUCAUGGCCAUGGUGGACGUCCUGGUCUUCGCCAGCUCCCUCAACUUCAGCGAGAUCGAGGCCGAGAAGAACAUGUCGUCCGGAGGCCUCAUGCGCCAGUGUCUGCGGCUCGUUUGCUGUGUGGCCGUGAGGAACUGCCUGGAGUGCAGACAGAGGCAAAGAGACCGCGGCUGCAAGACUUCUCUCACCAGCAGCAAGUCCCAGGACAGUCUUCACAGCGCCCCUCCGACCACCAAGCAGGAUCCCGACAGACUGCUGCAGGACGUGGACAUCAAUCGGCUGCGUGCGGUGGUCUUCAGAGACGUUGAUGACAGUAAACAGGCGCAGUUCCUCGCUCUGGCUGUCGUCUACUUCAUCUCUGUUUUAAUGGUCUCCAAAUACCGGGACAUUCUGGAGCCGCAGCGAGAGAUUGGCAGGUCGACCAGCCUAUCAGGGAGGAGCAUCCGCCAUGAGAUCAACUCCCCCACGAGCACAGAACACCCGUCUUCAGCGUUCUCCGAUCGGGACAAGCAGACCCCGACCCCGGUGGACGACUCCCCACGGGCCGGCCUGCCCCACACGGACUCUGGCAUCGGGGAGGAGGGCCACGUGGCGGGCUCUCUGAACGGCUCGGACAUGGGUCUGGGUCUGGGUCUGGGCCUGGUGGGACGAGAGACGGACAGGGACCGGGACAUGGUGGGCGGCAGCAGCACUGACCUGUUGUGCAGCCUGUCUGACGUGCGGCGGUCGCAGGAGAGCCUUCUGGAUUCGCCGCACAACCCUAGCUCCGCCUCCAGCCAAGCCCCGCCCUCUUCUAUCUCCAGCAUCAGCCAGACAAACAAAGGCAUUAACGUCAAGGAGAUCCUGAAGAGCCUGGUGGCAGCUCCCGUGGAUGGAGGGGAUCUGGGGCAGGAGUCGGGUCCCACCCCGUAUCACCCAGACCCCGCCCUGAAGACCCACCCCAUGUUGCCCAUGCAGUUCCACUCCUUCGACAGGAGUGUGGUGGUCCCGGUGAAGAAGCCCCCUCCCGGCAGCCUCUCAGUGAACACAGUCGGGACCCCCACCAGCGGAGCAGCCACGCCCGCCACCACCCCCAACAUCUUUGCUGCUGCUACAGCAACGCCAAAAAGCAUGAUCAACACAACCGGUGCCACAGACUCCGCCUCCUCCUCCUCCUCCUCCUCUUCCUCCUUCGUGAACGGUGCGACCAGUAAAAACCUCCCCGCGGUGCAGACGGUGGCGCCGAUGCCCGAGGACACGAUGGAGAACAUGAGUGCCUAUUGUGAAGUGCUGCAGACGUCCCCUGAGUCUUUUAGCUCUGUGACACUGCUGCAGGCUGCGCCCCGAGAUGCAGGGCAGUGUUUUAGUAUCACGACGAAGCUGGAACGAGCGCUGGAGAAGGUGGCGCCGUUGUUGCGUGAGAUUUUUGUGGAUUUCGCGCCGUUCUUGUCGCGGACGUUGUUGGGGAGUCAUGGGCAGGAGCUGCUCAUAGAAGGUUUGGUGUGUAUGAAGUCCAGCACGUCGGUGGUGGAGCUCGUGAUGCUGCUCUGUUCUCAGGAGUGGCAGAACUCUAUUCAGAAGAACGCUGGACUGGCCUUCAUCGAACUGAUCAAUGAAGGGAGGCUCCUGUGUCACGCCAUGAAAGACCACAUCGUGAGAGUGGCCAACGAAGCCGAGUUCAUCCUGAACCGACAGAGAGCAGAGGAUGUGCACAAACACGCCGAGUUCGAGUCCAACUGUGCGCAGUACGCCGCAGACCGCAGGGAGGAGGAGAAGAUGUGCGACCAUCUGAUCAGCGCUGCCAAACACCGAGACCAUGUGACCGCCAACCAGCUGAAGCAGAAGAUCCUCAACAUCCUCACCAACAAGCAUGGAGCCUGGGGGACCAUGUCUCAGAGCCAAUUGCACGACUUCUGGCGUCUGGAUUAUUGGGAGGACGAUCUGAGGAGAAGACGGAGAUUUGUACGAAACGCCUUUGGAUCCACUCAUGCCGAUAUUUCACUGAAAGCUCUGGAAGAUUACGGGACAGAAGAAGAGGAGGAAGAGGGCGUCAAAUCGAAGAAAACUUUCCGCAGCCAAUCAGUGGUGGCGCAGAACCCGGAGGCGGAGCUAAUGCUGGAGGGCGAUGACGAUGCAGUCAGUCUGCUGCAGGAGAAGGAGAUCGAUAACCUCGCUGGUAAGUCCGAAUCACGUUCUUGUCGUCCUCGACUUUUUACGUCCAAAGGCCCGGUGGUUCUGAGCACACCGGCGCAGCUCGUGGCUCCGGUGGUGGUCGCUCGGGGCACGCUCUCCAUCACCACCACCGAGAUCUACUUUGAGGUGGACGAGGACGACCUGGCCUUCAAGAAUAUAGACUCUAAAGUUCUGGGCUACACCGAGGGGCUGCAUGGGAAGUGGAUGUUCAGUGAAAUCCGGGCAGUGUUUUCGAGACGUUACCUGCUGCAGAACACCGGGCUGGAGGUCUUCAUGGCCAACAGAACGUCUGUGAUGUUUAACUUCCCGGACCCAGGGACAGUGAAGCGGGUGGUGUACAGUCUGCCCCGAGUGGGAGUGGGAACGAGCUACGGUCUCCCCCAGGCCAGGCGGAUUUCUUUAGCCACUCCUCGUCAGCUUUUCAAAUCCUCCAACAUGACGCAGCGCUGGCAGAGAAGAGAAAUCUCCAACUUCGAGUACCUCAUGUUCCUGAACACAAUCGCAGGGAGGACUUACAACGACUUGAACCAGUACCCGGUGUUUCCCUGGGUUUUGACAAACUACGACUCAGAGGAGCUAGAUCUGACGCUGCCCGGAAACUUCAGAGAUUUGUCCAAGCCAAUCGGAGCGCUGAACCCUAAGCGCGCCGCCUUCUACGCUGAACGCUACGAGACGUGGGACGACGACAGCACUCCUCCUCAUCACUACACCACGCUGUACUCCACGGCUCACUCCACUCUGCAAUGGAUGCUCAGAAUAGAGCCUUUCACCACGUUUUUCCUGAACGCCAAUGAAAACAAGUUUGACCAUCCAGACCGCUGCUUCUCUGGGAUCGGGCGCUCGUGGAGGAACUGCCAGAGGGACACGGCUGACGUCAAGGAGCUGAUCCCAGAGUUCUACUACCUCCCAGAGAUGUUUGUGAACAGUAACGAGUACGAGCUGGGUCUGCGGGACGACGGGGCUCCGGUCUGCGACGUGGAGCUGCCGGUUUGGGCCAAGAAACCAGAGGACUUUGUGCGGAUAAACAGAAUGGCUCUGGAGAGUGAGUUUGUGUCGUGUCAAUUGCACCAGUGGAUCGACCUGAUCUUCGGCUACAAGCAGCGAGGACCUGAAGCCGUGCGAGCGCUUAACGUCUUCGACUUCAUGUCCUACGAAGGAGCGGUCAGUCUGGACACGGUGGAGUCUGCACAGCGGGAGCUAAUGGAGGCUCAGAUCCAGCUCUGUGGGCAGAUCCCGUCUCAGCUGCUGAUCGAGCCGCACCCGCCCCGCUCCUCGGCCAUGCACCUGAGCCCGUUGAUGUUUAAGGAUCAGAUGCAGCAGGACGUGAUCAUGGUCCUGAAGUUUCCAUCCAACUCGCCGGUCACCCACGUGGCGGCGAACACCCUCCCCCACCUCAGCAUCCCCGCCGCCGUCACGGUCACCUGCAGCCGUCUGUUCGCCGUCAACCGUUGGCACAACACCGUCGGUCUCCGUGGAGCUCCUGGAUACUCCCUGGAGCAGGCGCAUCAUCUGCCCAUCGAAAUGGAUCCACUGAUCGCGAAUAACUCUGGAGUGAACAAGCGUCAGAUCACGGACCUGGUGGACCAGAGCAUCCAGAUCAACACGCACUGUUUUGUGGUUACCGCCGACAACCGCUACAUCCUGGUCUGCGGAUUCUGGGACAAGAGCUUUCGAGUGUACUCCACCGAAACUGGGAAGCUGACCCAGAUCGUGUUCGGACACUGGGACGUGGUCACGUGUCUGGCGCGGUCAGAGUCCUACAUCGGCGGCGACUGUUACAUCGUGUCGGGAUCUCGAGACGCCACGCUGCUGCUGUGGUACUGGAGCGGGAGGCACCACAUCAUCGGGGACAACCCUAACAACAGUGACUACCCGGCUCCCAGGGCGGUGCUGACGGGGCACGAUCACGAGGUGGUGUGUGUGUCUGUGUGUGCGGAGCUCGGCCUCGUCAUCAGCGGAGCCAAAGAGGGUCCGUGUCUGGUCCACACCAUCACCGGUGACCUGCUGAGGGCGCUGGAGGGUCCGGAGCUCUGUCUCUGUCCUCGGCUCAUCUCUGUGUCCAGCGAAGGCCACUGCAUCAUCUACUACGAGAGAGGACGAUUCUGCAACUUCAGCAUCAACGGGAAACUGUUGGCUCAGAUGGAGGUCAACGACUCCACGCGGGCGAUCCUUCUGAGCAGUGAUGGUCAGAACCUUGUGAGUGGAGGAGACAACGGCGUGGUGGAGGUGUGGCAGGCCUGCGACUUCAAACAGCUUUACAUUUAUCCAGGCUGCGACGCCGGGAUCCGCGCCAUGGACCUGUCCCACGACCAGAGGACCCUGAUCACCGGCAUGGCCUCGGGCAGCAUCGUCGCCUUCAACAUAGACUUCAACCGCUGGCACUACGAGCACCAGAACCGGUACUGA